GUGAAUCUAAUCUAUUUCAUAUUUAAACAUACAAUAACUUAACUACAAGCAAACGAAGCUCAUGCGCUGUGUGCUUCUAUCUGCAUGCGUUCCUCACAUAACACCACACAAACAUAUACAUUACGUACGCGAUAGGUCCCGGUGGUAAUGGUGGUGGUUGGAGCGAUAUCAAACCUUGGUCGAAUUUACAAUCGAUUUGCUACCGCGAAGAGAAGAAAAAACAACAUUGAAUUGUUACACUUGUUCGCGAAGCGCGCUCCGCACACGUUCAUUACGCUUGCAACGAUCAAGACGGUUACAAAAUAUUUCAAAUGAGUCAUUACGCGCUCGAUUAGUAAUAUAGUUUCCGAAUUGCAUUGGUAUAUCAGUAUUGAUGCGAAACUUACUUCGUUUGCGCGGAUUGCGAUCGAGUGAUACCAGUGCAAAGUGCAAUGUGGGACUGAGUGGAUCGGCAGAGAUUAUAUUUUUGGUGUUCUUUACUUGACCCUGCUGAUAAUUUGGAAUUUUUAUUAGUUUAUAUGAUAUUUGAUAUCAACAAACCACGAUGGUUAUUACUACGGGUAAACACAAAAUCAGUUCGAUGCGGGCCGAACCCCUCCAAAUCGACUCGCCAAAAACAGCACUCGAACUCCUCUUCACCGCGACCCAAUUACAGAACAUGCCCCUAGUGAACGAAUGCAUAAAGAACCUCGACGAGCACCUGGACAAAGACACCGUCCUAAUGAUUCUCUCACAUCUGUCCAAAUGCAAACUACCGAGCAACAAUAAAAACGAAUUCGAGCCGUCGGCGCCGCCGAUCAUAGAGAACGAAAACCAGCGCGGCACCGACUGGGUGUCCGACCUAGUGAACAAUCUACGCCACAAUUGCCUGCUGGUGAUCGACAAGGACGCCGACUACAUCCUCAAAAAGAAAGAAAUCGUCGAUUUAAGCUACGCCGACCUAAUGAGUAUCCUAGAACGCGACACGCUAGAAGUAUCCGACGAGAUGUUCGUCUACAUCGCCGUGUACAACUGGGGCAUCGCCGAGUGCAAUCGCAUGAAACUAAACACACAGCAUCAUCAAGGAGUGCUGCGUCAACUCAGAUUCACACCACGUUACGGUCUCAUGUGUCGCAGAGAAUUCACAUCGCGUAAUGUGGGUUUAAUCAAAGGUCCUACGAAGAGCGGAAUAUUGGAUGAAAAUGAAUGGCGACAGAUACGAUUUUACAUUGAGCAACGCGCGAGAAACAGGUGCGUCAACGAGCUGGAUUACAAAAUGUCACGACGUCGAAUCAUCGGCGUCGAAAAGCCAAAGAUAUUAAGCUGCAAAAGUCUUCAGCGGUUCGAGCAAGCAGUCAGUCGGCGGGACAGCGAGGCAGGAAAACAAAAGAGUGAUCGAUGCAUUAUCAAUCUGCUGGCGUGCUGGACGGCAUUUUUCGACUAAGACUGUUUAAAAACCUUUUUUCCCAAAUCUAAAGCAUGUAUGUGAUCUAUUUAUUAUUGUUAUGCACAUGAUUGCAAGAGAUAAUCGAUGUCGAUUCGAUCGUCAUUCAUUUGCUGAUAAUUCAAGAUUUACACUGGUCCAUCAGAAAAAAAAAACACACAAUUUUACACUAGGAAGGACCAAAGAUGGCGAAAUACUUUACGUUUUAUGCAUAUCGCUCAUAAAGAGGUACUAAAGUGUGUUCCCUUUUUAAAAAUGAAUUCAGAAUUCAAUCGAUGAUUUUAAACGUAUUUUAAUAUACAUUUUGGAUGGUAUAGGCCAGUGUAAUACGCCACAACUUAAAUUCUACUGUUACCAUCUGAUUGGACAAAUAUUAUAUAUUUUUAUAGUUUUGUUCCCUCAGUUAAUAUUAAUUGUUAUUCACUGGAAGCGUUUUUACUUGCAAAUUUUAAAACUAGAUAAGAACUGGAUGUGUUUAACACAUAAAUGUUUAACAGUUUAACCAACAUCAAAUGUUUCUAUACUCUUUUAAAGCGAUAAGUGACAAAAUGACUAAAUAGAAAACGAUCCGGAUUUUAGAUUUUAUCGUUGCGCGAUUUUAACUUAAAAUAAGUUUACUGUGUUCUGCGUAUUUAAUGUUUCACAAAUUCAUUAAUUGUUGAUCUCUUUCAUUCGAAACUUGUUUAAUCUGAGUAUAACUCUAAUAUUUGAUUUAUUGAAGUUACUAAAUCUGUGUUUAAUUGUUAUUUGUUCAAUUUGCUUCAAGUAUUCUACUAUAUUACGCGUUUUAUAACAUUUUACCAUGUUACUUAUGUUUUCUACGAACAUUAAAUCUAGGUUAUGUCUGUGAUUUCUUCUUGAAUCAAGAAAAAUGUAUUCUUUCUUUGUGCAACGAUGUAUUUUAAUGAAAAAUUGAUGCAUUCGCUCGAAGGGUUAUUAAAUUGAAUGAAAUGAUGGAUGAAAUCCUCGAAAUUUGUAACCAAAUUGAUAUUUUCGAAAUUAAGCAUAACAUCAAAAGCAAUACAUGAUUAAUAGGCUGGGUCUAUAUAAUCUAUGUUUUGUAGCAAAGAAGUAUUUAUAUUCAUACAUAAACAUGUAUUUAAAUAUAAAUCUGAGAACCAAACUAUAUUAUUGUUGAAAUUGCAAAGAAAGUAUAGAAUCGGAAUAGGAUGGAAUAUAUUAAAAGCAGAAGAAAAAAAAAUUAUAUUAUAAUGUGUAAAUAUUAAAAUGAUAUAGGCAAUGAAAGAAAUAUAUUUAAAUUAUAUUCGACAUUGGACACGGAGAGAUAGAAUCAUCACUGAGCAGGCUUGAAAAUGAUCAAAUGUGUAACAACAUCAGUCGAGCGUAAUGUUAGCGACAGGAAAGGCUUGUUUGUUGAGGUAGGUUCGGAAAGCAUCAUGCAAAUGUGCAGCUUUCUGAGCUUACCUUUAGAAUGAUUUAUUGUUUGUAUUUAUAGAGAUCGUAGGAGAUUUUUGUCAUUCAUUUCAUGCAUGCAUAUUCAGCAGAAGGAUAUAAAAUGAUGUAUUUAAUGCAUAAAUGUAUACAUUACAAUGUUAUUUGUCCGUAUCAAAUAUGCCACACAAAUUACCAAUAUUACAACUAUUAAAGUUAAUUAUUUCGUAAUGGAUACAAAUUACUCUGACAAAAAUCACUGAUAUGUAUUUUCAAUAUACACUAAAUAACAUAAUACAUAUAUGUCUUUCAAACUACAUACAUAUGUAUAAAUAAAACAAUGUCUUUCGUAA